AUGGGUGUGUCAAAGGAACAAGUUGAGUCAUCCUUGAACUCCAAACUUAACCCUUCCCAUCUUGAAGUAAUCGAUAUAUCUGGAGGGUGUGGCGCAAGUUUUUCUGUUGAGAUUGUGUCAGAACAAUUUGAAGGCAAAAGAUUACUGGAAAGGCAUAGAAUGGUGAAUGCUGCAUUAGAAGAGGAAAUGAAAGAGAUUCAUGCACUUUCUGUAAAGAAAGCUGUAACUCCAGAGCAGUGGAAAAAACAGCAAGAAUCCAACCAAUCAAACCCUGCUGCAUAG